GUGAGCAAGUCGCGCCGCCAGGUGCCCCCGCCCUCCGGCGCCCGGGCCAUGGCCGGAGGUGCCCGGUGAGGACCGGGGCGCCGAAGGCUGGGCUCCCCGGCGCGGUGCGGUGCGAGGCAGCGGCCUGGAUGUGUGAAGCGUCCCCAUGGCUCGGCAGGAGGCGAAGCCCCAGGCCCCGAGGGAAGCUGGGCCGACUGCACGGGGGCGCAGGGGCCGGGCCGGCGGGGGAGGAGCCCGCGGCCCGGGCGUGAGGGGCUCCGGGCUGGCACCGGGUCCCCGGGCCGCCGCGUCCCAGGAUGCGCCGCCGCCGCCGCCGCCGCCGCUGCUGCUGCUGGGACUGUUGCUGCUGGCGGCCCUCUCCGAGCACUGCCUGGCCGACACCGGAAUAGACAAUCUACAGAUAACAGUCAGCCCGACCCCGGAGUCAUUUCCUCAUGGGAAAGUGUUACCGAUUGCACCAACAUGGCCUUUCUCCGAAGUCCAGUCUUCCUCGGCAGUGGCCAGAAUCCAGAAUGUGCUGGGACCGGCCCCUGACAACACGAGCGUGCUGCAGUUCCCCCGAACACCUCCACCCAAGACACACCGCAGAGCUAGGGCUCACGGGGACUUCUCUUCCUCCCCUUACCAAGGAAGUGGCCAUAGCGCCUCCCUCGAGCCUUCCAAGGAUUCCACGGAGUCUGUGGUCCAGCCGAGACCUCAAGGGGGAAAAGACGCAACCUCCAUGUCAGCGGACCCCUCAGUGUCGUCCAGGGUGGAACUGACAGCCACAACAGCAGUAGCCACGUUGUCCCUGGGGAAAUCAAGUCCACAGGUGCUGUCUGCAGCCCUGGUCGCCAAGGCCCCCGGCAGCAGCCCAGCAGCCAUGGCCUCGGGAUUAGUCAAGAGCAGUUGGACCCCUGCCCUGGCUAAAAAUGCCACAAACAGCGCGGUGCCUGGCCCAAAGACAACAGCGGGGGCGGUGCAUCCAGCCUUCUCAUUCACACCAACCUACAUGUUUGCAAGAACAGCACACACCAUGAGUGCUCAUACAGCCAUGCAAGGCAACCCAGGCACCGCCUCGGGCCUGCUGUCCACAACACACCUCCCCAGGAAACCACAAGCCAUGCACACGGGCCUCCCAAAGCCCACCAACCCAGACAUGCCCAGGGCAUCCACCGCACGCCCACUGACCAGCACAGCGGCCUUGACGUCCAUCACCGCCCCAGUGAGGGCCACCCGCGUGCCACCUGCACCAGCAGGAAAUACAGACACCGCUCUUCCCGCUGCGUCAACGGCCGUGGUCACCACUGGCAAAAUGGCAUCCAACCUGGAGUGUCAGAUGUCCAGUAAGCUCCUGGUGAAGACAGUUCUCUUUCUGACCCAGAGGAGAGCGCAGAUCGGUGAAACCUUGAAGUUCGGUGUAGCCAAAGGGCUCACGCAGGCAUUACGGAAGGCUUUCCAUCAGAAUGACGUCUCAGCUCACGUGGACAUUCUGGAACAUUCUCAUAAUGUCACCGUUGGUUAUUAUGCUACCAAAGGGAGGCUGGUGUACUUGCCUGCUGUAGUGAUCGAAAUGCUGGGUGUUUAUGGGGUCAGCAACGUCACUGCAGAUCUGAAGCAACAUACCCCAAACUUGCAGUCGGUGGCAGUCCUUGCCUCCCCGUGGAACCCCCAGCCUGCAGGCUACUUCCAGCUGAGAACAGUGCUGCAGUUUGUGAGCCAAUCCGACAACAUCCAGUCCUGCAAGUUUGCUCAGACGAUGGAACAGAGACUGCAGAAGGCCUUCCAGGAUGCUGAGAGGAAAGUCCUGAAUACCAAAAGCAACCUGACAAUUCAGAUUGUGAGCACAUCCAAUGCCUCCCAGACAGUCACCUUGGUGUACGUGGUGGGCAAUCGGAGUUCCUUCCUCAACGGCACGGUCGCCAGCAGCCUCCUCCGCCAGCUCUCGGCUGAGCUGGUUGGGUUCUACCUCACCUACCCGCCGCUCACUAUUGCCGAACCGCUGGAAUAUCCCAACCUUGAUAUAUCAGAAACAACCAGAGACUAUUGGGUAAUUACAGUGCUCCAGGGCGUGGACAAUUCGCUGGUGGGCCUGCACAACCAGAGCUUCGCCCGGGUCAUGGAGCAGCGCUUGGCCCAGCUCUUCAUGAUGUCCCAACAACAAGGCCGGCGGUUUAAACGGGCCACCACCCUGGGAAGCUACACUGUGCAGAUGGUAAAGAUGCAGCGCGUGCCAGGACCCAAGGACCCAGCGGAGCUGACUUACUACACCCUGUACAACGGGAAGCCUUUGCUGGGGACUGCAGCUGCCAAGAUCCUGAGCACCAUUGACUCCCAAAGGAUGGCCUUGACCCUGCAUCAUGUUGUCCUUCUGCAAGCUGACCCCGUGGUGAAGAAUCCACCCAACAACCUGUGGAUCAUUGCCGCGGUGCUGGCGCCCAUCGCUGUGGUCACGGUCAUCAUCAUCAUCAUCACUGCCGUGCUCUGCCGGAAGAACAAGAACGACUUCAAGCCAGACACCAUGAUGAACCUGCCUCAGAGAGCAAAGCCUUUGCCCAGUGGUUCCCUUCAUAUAAUUGAUGAGAACAUGGCUCCCUGGAACAGGCAGCCUUACGGGAAAGUAGUUAGGGCCACAUCCAGAUGCAGGAUGGAGCUUGGAGGGCCUGCAAUGGUUGGCAUGACCAUCUGCUCGGGACAGCCUGUGCAAGGCUUUGAUUAUGCCAAGCAGCACCUGGGCCAGCAAGGGGCGGAUGAGGAGGUCGUCCCUGUGACUCAGGAAACAGUGGUCCUCCCACUCCCUGUUAGAGAUGUUCCUGCCUCUCAGGAAAGAGACAUCACCCAGGAUGGAAGCACUAUCAAGACGGCCAAGUCCACCGAAACCAGAAAGAGCAGGUCGCCCAGCGAGAAUGGCUCUGUCAUCAGCAACGAAUCAGGGAAGCCCAGCUCAGGGAGGCGCUCGCCCCAGAAUGUCAUGGCACAGCAGAAAGUGACAAAGGAGGAGGCACGGAAGAGAAAUGUGCCGGCAAGUGAUGAAGAGGAAGGAGCGGUGCUUUUUGACAACUCUGGCAAGGCGGCUGCCGAUCCCUUUGACACAUCUUCUGGAUCUGUGCAGCUCAUUGCAGUAAAACCCACAGCCCUCCCCGUGGUGCAUCCCACAUCAGACAGGAGCCAGGAGUCGGCAGCCCUCAACGGUGAGGUGAACAAAGCCCUGAAGCAGAAGUCAGACAUCGAGCACUAUCGGAACAAGCUGCGCCUCAAAGCCAAGAGGAAGGGCUAUUACGACUUCCCCCCGGUGGAGACAAGCAAGGCUCAGACAGAAAGGAGAAAGAUGUAUGAGAAAACCCAAAAGGAAAUCGAGCAUGUUUUGGAUCCAGACCCAGAACUGGCCGCCCCAUUUGCUGAGUCUAAAAACAGGCAACAGAUGAAGAACUCUGUCUACCGAAGCCGGCAGUCUCUGAACAGCCCAAGUCCGGGGGAAACAGAGAUGGACCUUCUGGUGACUCGGGAGCGACCCCGGCGUGGGAUCCGCAAUAGCGGAUAUGAUACGGAGCCUGAGAUCAUAGAAGAAACCAACAUUGACAGAGUGAAUGAGCCCCGGGGCUACGGCAGGUCAAGGCAGGUGAAGGGCCACUCGGAGACGUCCACACUGAGCUCCCAGCCAUCCAUCGACGAGGUCCGGCAGCAGAUGCACAUGCUGCUGGAGGAGGCCUUCAGCCUGGCGUCCGCGGGCCACGCAGGCCAGGGCCGGCACCAGGAAGCCUAUGGCUCAGCACAGCACCUGCCCUACUCGGAGGUGGUGACCAGUGCUCCGGGGACCAUGACGCGGCCCAGGGCAGGAGUGCAGUGGGUGCCCACCUAUCGCCCAGAAAUGUACCAGUACAGUCUGCCUCGGCCGGCAUACAGGUUUUCCCAGCUUCCUGAAAUGGUCAUGGGCUCUCCCCCUCCACCUGUCCCUCCCCGGACUGGCCCCGUGGCUGUUACUUCUCUCAGGCGGUCCACCUCGGACGUGGGCAGCAAGACCAGGAUGGCCGAGUCCGCGGGGCCCGAGCCCGCCCAGCUGCACGACAGCGCCUCCUUCGCGCAGGUGUCCCGAGGCCCCGUGUCCGUGGCGCAGUUGGAUCAGUCGGCUUUAAAUUACUCAGGUAAUACGGUGCCGGCAGUGUUUGCCAUCCCAGCUGCCAACAGACCCGGCUUUACUGGCUACUUCAUCCCAACGCCUCCCUCGUCCUACAGGAACCAGGCCUGGAUGUCCUAUGCAGGAGAGAAUGAGCUCCCAAGCCAGUGGGCCGAUUCGGUCCCCCUCCCAGGGGUACAUCGAGGCUUACCCCCGGUCGCGUUACCAGCAGAACUCUCCCUCCAGACUCCCUCGCCAGUACAGCCAGCCCACAGGUAUGCACCCCAGCCUGGAGCAGGCCCCGGGGCCGUCCGCGGCGGCCUCGCAGCAGAGCCUGGCCGAGAACGACCCGUCUGAUGCGCCCCUGACCAACAUCUCCACCGCAGCCCUCGUGAAGGCCAUCCGGGAGGAGGUGGCCAAGCUGGCCAAGAAACAGACAGACAUGUUUGAGUUCCAGGUCUAAUACCUCAGCCCCGUGGAACUUCCAGACUCCGAGGGAACAGUCUUCCGGUGUCUCAACCUGACCUCCUGGGACUUGAGGCACAGACCACAUGGGAGUCUUUCUCACCCUCUGGACAGGUGAACGGUGGGGCUUCUGGGCAACAGAGGAGAUUCUUGGCCAACUGAAUUCUUGGCUUCUUCAGCUGACUGUAUGUCAAGAAGUCCCCGCGUGGGACUUUAUGUUUGAUAUUCUGUGAAGUUAAAUGUUUGAACUGUGGGUGUAUUUCCCUAUGGAGCCUUAGUCGCAAGAGACACUAACUGAUCUGCCGAUCCCUGAUCAAUGCCACAUUUUACUAAGUCACCAGAAGGGGGAGAACAUAGCUCUGUCUUCGCACUGGGGAGACAUUGUUAGAUUUUUCUGUGACUGACAAAUAUGUGGUCCCUUCUCUGAAGAGUCUCCUGACCUCGUGGAGGGGAUAGAUGCCUGGACAGCUGACUCUGAGCAAAAGCAGAUGGGCAUAAGUGCCUCAUGGAAGUGAAAAUAGAAUUCCAUGAGAGCCCAGAGGCUCUACGUUCCUCAUGACCCUCCAGACGGUGGAAGAAGCCACAAAGGAUGUUGGCAGUCCCGGAGAAGGAAUCAGAAGUCCAGAAAAAUGGAGCAACCUGAUCGAGGAUUCCGGCUCAAGCCUGAUUCACGAUUCAACUUGCUUUCCAUUUCACCACGCUGCCUGCACGCUUGUCUGUGACACGUUUCUUGAACUGUGCUAGGAAGUUUAAGCAGUAGACCAGGGUCAGAUGAGGGACGCCCUACAUUCUCGUGAAGAAAAAAGAUGAUUGGAUAUGUAAAGGACAUCAGUUAAAGUAUAUAAAGGACGAUGUGUUUGUGGCAUAAUAAACAUUUUUCAGAACUUGUUUUGAUGUGAGUUUUCUGCAUUCCUGAAAAGAAAUGCAUCUUGACUUUUUCCAGAGAGGGCCAUCAAGGAAAUGGUUUUCUCCUUACCUGCUGUUCAAGGCUGCAGGGGUGCAUUCCUCUCUCGGUGCCGUGGAUCCAAACGAGCAGGGAGGGAGGCCAUGACAGCUUGUCAUUAUGAGGCAGCAGAUUCUAUGCUCAGCAUUAGGGGAGGCAACCCCAUGUGCAGGAGCCUGAAAGUCUACAGUGUGCCCUGGUACCUAGGAUCUGAGAUGGCCGUGGUUACCUAUAUAGCUGGAAGUUCUCUCUUUCAGGGUGUGCUAUGGACUUAAUGUUGUGUCCCACCCCCAUUCAUAUGUUGAAAUCCUAACCCCAACAUGAUGGUAUUAGGAGAUGGGGCCUUGGGGAGGGGGUAGUUAAGUCAUGAGGGUGGAGUCCUCAUGAAUGGGAUUAGUGCCCUUGUAAAAGGGAUCCCAGAGAGCCCUCUUGCCCUCUUUUUUUGCCACAUGAGGAUACAGUCGGAAGUCAACAGUCUUGCAGCUCUGAAAAGGGUUCUUUCCAGACCCCGAUCCUGUUUGCACCCUGAUCUUGGACGUCCAGCCUCCAAAAGUGUGAGAAAUAAAUUUCUAUUGUUUAAAAGCCA